UUGCAGCACACUUUGAAGGAAAGCCCAAACCUAGGAGUUCAAUUUUCAUUUUAAAUUAAUUCCGUGGAUCUGCUGUAUUUUUCCUGUCUCUGUUGCUGCUGGGAAAAAUAUCCUACAGUGUGUCACAGCCAAAGGUUAACAUGUUUUGCUUCCUAACUGACUAACCAGAAACAGAAAUGGAUUUACGAAGCACGCCCUAUCGUUCCGAAGUGGCCCGCUGGUCGCCCAAUGACUUGGCAGACUACUUUAGGAGGUUAAACUUCAAGGACUGCGAGAAAGUUGUUCGGAAACUUAACAUAACUGGACAAAGAUUUCUGAACAUGUCUGAAAAUGAUAUUCAGAAGUUUCCAAAGCUAAAAGUUCCCAUUCUAACCAAACUAAGUCAGGAAAUAAACCGACACGAAGAAAAAAGAAGCAUCUUUCCUAAAAGAACACAGAUACAGAAAUCUCCUGAAAAUACAGAAUAUAAACAAGAGGAGGAGGAUGGCUGGUCCUCCUUUGAUGAAAGUGAUGGUUAUGAAAGCCCAGAUGACUAUCAGACGGGAGAUGCUGUUGAUUAUGAAACGCCCAAUGAUCAAGACGGGGUUGAGGAUGAAAAUGAGGCAGAUUAUGAACCCCCUCCGUCAAAUGAUGAGCAGAUCCUCCGCAAUACUAUAUUUCCUCCAAAACCGAUUCUGACCAUUUCAGAUUACAUAGACAGACCUGCAACAGAGAGAGGUAAACCACCUCUCCAGCCUCCUGUUCCCCCACAGAGGCCUAUCCCUAGCCCCAUACCAGGAGCAUCUCGAACCAGAAUCCGUGAGACACCUUUCAGUUCUCCUUCAAGCAAUAAUGACAGUUACAGAGACAAAAGUGCAAACCUCUUUAAACCACCAAUUGAUCGAAGCAAAAAACCACCAAUGGACCGACCUGGGCCAACCUUUGAGAGAGAAAGCCUCGGAGCUGGCAAACGAGCUUUUCCUGACAUGGCUCUGACACCAAAGCUCAGAUCUCUGGCAGAAGACUUGGCAAAGAUACAGAAGCCUCCUCUGCCACCAACUGAGAGAUUCGAAAAAAACAGUCCUUCCUCUAGAAGAAUGCUGCCACCCACAAAGAGCAAUCAGAUGCUUGAAAGACAGACAGAAAUGGAAUCUGACAAUAUUCUCCAAAGGCCAGUUCCACAGCCAUCACCUCAGCCCUUCAACACCUUUCCUUCCAGAACCACUAAGUCUAAUAUAAUUCCUUUACCACCCAAAACGAAGCCUGACCUACACACAGAAAGCAUUUCCUCAAGUGCAUCAUUACCACCCCGUCUUCUGCCAAGUAACCUCUCCAGAACUUUUUCCAAGACCCCAGCAGAUGGCAGACCACCGUUACCAAUUCCCAGUAAACCAAAUGCAGAAUUUCCUAAAGCUGAUAAUGAAAGAGGGGAACAAAUUUAUAAGGGUCAACAACAUCAAAAGUGGUAUGUUGCUGAUAUCACCCGGUCAGAUGCAGAAGUUGCACUUAGGAACAUAAACCAGGAUGGUGCAUUUUUAGUAAGAGACAGCUCCAAAAAAUCAGUUGAGCAGCCAUAUGUUCUAAUGGUGCUUUACCACAACAAAGUUUACAAUAUCCAGAUACGUUAUCAACAAGAGACUCAAGUCUACUUCUUGGGAACUAGCUUGAAAGGAAAUGAGGACUUCACUUCAGUGGCUGACAUUGUUGAUUACUUCAAACGAAUGCCCCUUUUGUUGAUAGAUGGAAAAGACCGAUGCUCAAAGAAGCAAUGUAUGUUAACAUAUGCUGCUGGUACUCUUUAGAGGAAAGAAUGCAUGAAGAUCAAGUUCAAGCUCCACUUUGUCUUUUCAAGUUAGAGGAGUAAUUGAUUUGUGUUGGAUGAACUGAGAU